CCACAUCCUCAGCAGCAUUUGUUGUUCCUUGUCUUUUGGAUGUUGGCCAUCGUAACUGGUGUGAGGUGAGAGAUCACUGUGGUUUUAAUUUGCAUUUCCCUGAUGAUUAGCGAUGUGGAGCAUCUUUUCGUGUGCUUGGGUAUGUGCUCAUAACAAAUGUGUAAUCGACUCUGGGUCUCGUGUUCCUCUCCGGAAGCCCCAGCCAUAUGUCAACACCCGUCUUGCUUAAGCGGUCGUGCUGACCCUGCCCAGCUGCAAGCAGCCUGAUAAAAACAUUUAAAGACUCCCCUGGGUCCCAGGAGCCAUGCAGGUAUCCAGCCGUCUGAGGUGGUUAGAGUGGCCUACUGCUGCCAGCCGGGAGGAAAUAUGUGACCGCUAUGAAAAGAAAUACACCUGGGAAGUCAAGUCACUUGUCAUGGGCAAAAAGGCUUUGGAGGCCGCACAGAUCGUCAUAGACGUCCUGCGUCUCCCGAUGGCCAAAGAGGAGCUGCUGGAGGAGAGUGAGCGGAUGCUGCGAGACGUGUUCCCCACAGCCGCGCUCAUGCCAGGGGCUGAGAAGCUGAUCCACCAUCUGCGGAAGCACCACGUGCCCGUGGCCGUGGCCACCAGCUCCGGGACCCUUUCCUUCGAGAUGAAGACCAGCCGACACAAGGAGUUCUUCGGCUUGUUUCAUCACGUCGUCCUGGGCGACGACCCCGCGGUGAGGGGCGGGAAACCGCACCCCGACAUAUUUCUGGCCUGCGCGGAGAGGUUCGCGCCUCCUGCUCCCUUGGACAAGUGCCUCGUCUUUGAAGAUGCUCCCAACGGGGUGGAGGCAGCCCUUGCAGCAGGCAUGCAGGUGGUCAUGGUUCCAGAUGCCAACUUACACCGAGACUUGACAUCCAAGGCGACCCUGGUGCUGGGUUCCCUGCAGGACUUCCAGCCCGAGCUGUUCGGCCUGCCACCCUAUGAGUGACAGGUCCAGGUACUGCUCUGGGUGGCCACUGUGUGACCCACACCACCCAAGAAAUCACCAAGUGCGCUCUCAUUCCAGAUUGAACUCGGCCCUCAUGCCAUGUGGGCUUGGCCCGCUCUCUCAAAAGUGGUGCUGAAUUGAAACUUGACGGUUGGACGGAAAGCAGAUAUAGCUCAGAAGAGAGAUCAGAAUCGUCAUGUCAGUGACCCUAUACCCUACUUGAAUAAACACAUGAUAAUCAUACAAAUGAUACAUACGCAUACAUGUGCAUGAAUGUGCGUGUAUAUAUGUAUAUAUGCAUGCAGAGAUGUAAAAUACCUAAUCUGAGACAAAAUGAAAGUUCACUUACGUUCAUUUCUUUUUUGUUUUUCUAAACCCUGACUAGAAAAUGUACAACAUGUAGAUGUGUAUAUCCAUAUGUACAUGGAUAUGUAUAUAUAUGUAUGUAAAUAUUACAUAUAGUUAUAUACACACACAUGUGUAUACUAUACUGCUCCACUGGAUUAUAACAUGCAAUAGCAAUUGAUAAAAUGAGAUGUAAUUCUAUAUUUGGUUUGUAUUCAGAGUUGGAAAGCCACAUUAUGGAUGAGCCCUAAGAAAUGAAUUCUCCUUAUGACAAACUUCACAUUCUUUUAGUACCCUCAAAAUGUCUGUGUUGGCCUCCGCUCAGAGACUAACUCUGAGCCAUGUCAUUAAUAGUUUCUUUCUUUUUAGUGUGCCUAUAAUUUAGCCUGUAUUUUAUAUCUAGGCACGUGUCCACAUGUGAGAAUGUUUUCUACUCAAAAAAAAAAAAAACCUCCCUCCUUGAAGAAAGUUUAUUUUUCUAAUACAUUCUUUGAUGCAAAUAUCUCAUUUCAGAAUGUAUACUUGGUAUGACUGAGAGCCAUGACACGUUUUUGGAAUAACGUAUCACACAUUACACUUCGGUGAUUGAUCCCUAUUAAUAGCUGUACUCAGCCUUUUGUGAUGGGAAAAUUGGCAAAGACAUUGAAAAUGGGAAAAUACAGUCAAGGGGUAUUCCUGCUCAGUGUACCAUUCCAGGCGGCCUCUCUCAUGAUUGUCAUUGAUCUCAUUUUUCAACUCUGUAAGUUGUAGAAAAACCAUAGUAAUAUGUGUGAUUGUCUGGUGGCAUGACUGCCACGGCUUGUUGAUCAGUUUUGCGUCAGUUUAGCAAAUUCAUUUCAGCAUUCUUGAUUGCCUAUCUCCUUACCUACUUCAGUUCGCUUUGAACUGGUUGCAACAUCUUACUGGUUCCCUCACCAAUUAAUUGAGUUGAAUAAAGUCUUUGACACUUCUGCACCUUA